AUGACGUUGUACUACAGUCUUGUAAGUCUCCCUGACUCUCCCAUCACACCACUUCUACCCUCUUCACUCAAGGCAAACGGAAUCUCGAAACACCAACUCGACAGCAACCUCCACAGCCAUCAUGCCCAGCCUCAUCUACGCUCCGGUCCGGCUACAGCUCCAAGAUAGCCUACAUGCGGUCGCUAACGAUGGCUUCUCCAGGUCUUCGCCCUCCUUGUCUUCGAGAUGAGCGUCUUCAUCGCGCUCAUCGUCCCUCUGCCAUUCAAGGUGAAGCGUGGUCUCUUCACCUUCAUCUCAGAGAAUCCGCUGGUUGCGAAGUUACAAUAUGGAAUGAAGGUAAGUACCGCAAUCUCACUCCAUUGACAACUGUGCAUGGCUCAUUGAAUUAGAUAACAUUCAUCUUCAUCCUGAUCCUGUUCGUGGACAGCGUGAACCGCGUCUACCGUGUUCAGGUCGAGUUGGCUCAGGCCAAGAGCGCACAGGGAGUAGCUGGGUAAGUGGAUUAUGAUGGCAAAUGAAAUGCUUCGAUGCUGAUACUUCACCAGAGCCGUGGCCGGUGGCGAGCGUAUGGAGGUCCAGGCUCGCAAGUUCUACUCCCAGCGCAACAUGUACCUCUGCGGCUUCACCCUCUUCCUCUCCCUGAUCCUCAAUCGCACCUACACGAUGAUUCUGGACACUCUGCGCCUCGAGGAGGAAGUCAAGAAGCUGGAGGGCGAGAAGCCAGCCAAUAGCAAGACAUCGUCCGGCCUCGGCCAGGCUGGUGACCUCGGCGAGAUUGGUCGCUUGAAGAAAGAGCUUGCGAAGCGCGACCAGGAUAUUGAGACCCUCAAGAAGCAGUCACAGGGCAUGAGUGAUGAGUUCAGCCGCCAAACUCUGAACUACUCUGACGACAUUCCUAAAAAGGACAAAUAG